AUCGAACAAGCCCUUGUUCUCCCUCUCAGAGAUCGACAAUGGCGCGUGGGAGCUCGCAGUCGCAGACGACCUCCUCAGCCGGCGGCGCGGCGAGGCCGGGAACGGUGGGGCCUCGUGGCACGCCGGCGGCGACGGCGGGUAUGAGGCGUCGAAGGCCUGGCGGUGGGGGCGGAGGAUCGAGUGGCUUCACCGGCGGCGGGGGCGGGAGCAACAUGCUCCGCUUCUACACCGACGACGCUCCGGGCCUCAAGAUGUCUCCCACCGUGGUGCUCGUCAUGAGCCUCUGCUUCAUCGGCUUCGUCACUGCCCUCCACGUCUCCGGCAAGCUCUACCGCUACCGCGCCGGCGGCACCUCCUGAUCCGCCACUCCCGAUCUAGGGUAUACACUACACUGUACUGGAUCAAUAGAAGAUCUCAGUUUAUCUGCUUGUUUUGGUGAUUUAGGGUUUAGAAGAAAGAGGAUUUUUUUAGUUCAUACUUCAUAUUCUGAUUUCUGGAAUUCUUUUCAUCUGUGUGAUUUUGUUUGCUUGGAUAUUUUUUCAUUGUUCCUGAAAGCAUUGAUUUAUUGCUAAUUUUUUAUAGGAUUAAUGAAUA